GAUGUUUUGGUGACUGAUGAUAUGUAUCAAUCUUAGUCAUAAACCGUCACAAACCACCCUCAGCUCAUUUUCCCCACAAGUAGCUAAUUAUAUAUAUAUGGCAGCCCAAACAAGUGUACUUGUAUCCCAGAGAAGAAUUUCACAACCGACAAUAAUGCUCACAUCACUAAGCAGCCAACCUGUUGAUGAGAGUAUAAUUAGGGAACAGGUUUUGUCGACGCACAACUAUGAUGGUAGAGAAUUUAACACCAAUGCCAUUUUGAACAUGGCAGAAAAGGCUCUCAGCCUUGAGAUGGGUACUGCUCAAAAAGCCAUGGUGGAGGAGUUGACUCAACUAGAAGAGCUCGAUAAUUACAAGCAACUUCCACUUCAUAUCAAACAACUUUCAUUCGAGAUAGCUUCCGGUGCAAUUGCAAAUGGACACUCCACCACAAUUCAUGUACUGAGCAUUUUGUCUCCAUAUUCAUGGGAGGAUAAGUUAGUCCUUAUGAUUGCAGCUUUCUCCAUAAUCCAUGGAGAAUUCAUCCUUAUUUCACGACUACUGCAAAAAGGCAAAGGAUUAGCCUGGAAGUUGGCACAUCUGAAACAAAGUAGUCAUUGUCCAAUUCCAACACCAUUAUCCUCCCACAAUAACAACCAAAGAGAAAUUGAGGAUUGCAUAAGUUCAGCCAUACAACUCACCAAAUGUGUGGUUGAGCUCAAAGAAUGCCUAUCUUACUCCCCUCCACAAUCUGUCAUUUCGGCCUUGCCAAUGGUUGCCUAUUGGAUAGGCAGAAAUAUUGUUAAUUGUUCCGCCUAUCCCUGUGACCCUCGCUUCAAGGUUCAAAAUGAACAUAGGGAAAUAACCACCUUAAUGGCUACUUUCUCUGCAGAACUAGCAAAGAAAAAGGAGGAGGAAUCUUAUGAAGCAUUGCGAAAUGCAUUAUAUCACGGCUCUUCUAAUAACUUCGAAGUUUACAAAUUAAUGUUUAAUGUCAAAGAUGAUCAUGAGAUAAUAUGUUUUCAUUAUUGGGGAAUGCAUCAUAUGGCGGAAUUAAGGGGUUGGAAAGAGACAUUAGUGAUGCUGCUAAUAACAUCAGGUGUUGCCGUCCCUAAAGAAUGGAUUCAUUUUUUAAAUUGGUUUCACCGCAACUCAAUAGCAGAUAUUAUUUGGAUCCCAAUCACACAGGAUGAUGCAUCAUGGAGCACUGAGUAUGAUCAAUUAAGAAACAAGAUGAGGUUCUUUUGGUUGAAUGAUCCACAAAAAAUGAUAAGCCCACAAUUCACAAGAUUUGUUAAGGAAGAGUUGUUUAAAAUGAGAUGGGGAGAGGAACCCAUAAUUGUUUCACUUGACCCACGAGGAAGAAUUGUUCACUCAAAUGUCUUCCACAUGAUGCUCACCUGGACCUUCGAUUAUAUUAAAAAAGAUACAAUAGGGGUAAAUGUCGUACCACAUAACAUAAGUCUUAUCAUACAAAACGAGUUGAAGCAAGGAAUUUACGGCAUUGAAGCAAGUUCGGAAUCCCGGCAUGUGGGACCUAAAAUUGACUCAAUGACAAGGGAUUUGGUACGUAACAUCGAUUCACAGAUAAAUGCUUGGAUAAUGGAUGUUGAAGACAUAAUUGAAGAAGUGACAGCACAAUUUACACCGUAUGACAGCGAAAAGGAGAAAUUUUUGUGGCAACAACAAACUGCUUGGACACUUCAUCUUCUGGCACCACAAUCUGGCCGCCUCUAUUAUACAAUUGGCACACCAAUAAAUGAUUGGAUUCGUGAGGAAAAAUGUAUUUUCUUAUAUGGAGGAAACAACAUUAAAUGGAUUCGAGAAUUCAUUUUCAAGGUACGUGAAGUUGCCUCCAAAAUCCAAAUGAACUUUAAGUUGGCCUACAUUGGGAAAAACAAAAUGAUAAGAGAAAUCAUUAAUAAAGAAAGAAUGAGUCAUUGCCCAUUGUAUGAUUCUAAUGCACUAUGGUGGUUUUGGGCCCGUCUUCAAAGUAUGUUUUUGUCAAGAAUUCAAUUUUUAGAGAUGACUAAUCACCUUGUCAAAGAAAACAGCAAUGAUGAAAUUUUGCAAGGACUCAAAAAAUUAUUGUCCUAUGAAAACAAUAAUGCAACAACUGAAGGAUGGGCCUUGUUAAGCAAAGGAUCAGAAGUGGUUGUAUGUGGACAUGGAAGUAAAAUGUUGCAAGCCAUGAAUAACUACGAGAUUUGGAAGGAAAACAUAGAUGCCACCAAAAGUUUUGGCCAGGCAUUCAAAGACCACCAUGAGAUGCUUUCCAAGGAUAAGCAUUCUUGUUGUACCCUUGAAUAUCCAAUUAGCUUGAGCAAAAUUCCUGAAAAUGAAAGAUGUCUUGAAUGCUCUCGCCGUAUGCAAAAAUUUUUAACUUUCACUUGUUGCCAUGAUCCCGAUGUUGAUUAUGAUAGCGAUGAGUAGUACUUCAUGGUGUAUUCGAUUUUUAUAAUUUUAUUGAACUCAAUGUUUAUUUUCAUUAACUUA